AGACUGCUGCCCUGAAGGGUUUCCGUGUAGAUGACUCACUAUAUACUUAGGCACCGCUUACACACACACAUAAACACACACACACAGUUAAGGUAAUUGCCACAGGUGCUGAUCUGACAUUGUGAGAGCGUUUGCAAACAGGAGCGCAGCAGAAUGAUGAGGAGCACCUUCUUCCUGAUUCUACUUGCUGUUGUUGAUGGAGCCGCUUCAAUCAAAAAUGAUACCAGCAAUCGGGAAAAGCGGGAUGCUGUUCUUAUUCGUUCAAAGAGAAGAUGGGUUCUGUCCACCAUUGAUCUGGAAGAGAACAUGCCUGGACCGUAUCCUUCUAUAGUAACACAGAUGUACAACGACAAAAAGCAGGAAAACGUCAAGUUCCGCAUCAGAGGACAAGGGGUGACAGAGAAACCAUUUGGUUUGUUUAGCAUUGAUGAAAACUCUGGGAUUGUACACGUACACCGGCCCAUCGACAGAGAAGAGUACCACUUCUUCCACUUGGACUUUGAUGUGCUGGACAAGAAAACUGAUGACCUGGUGGACAAAACGCUGGCAUUUGAUGUAGAAAUAAAGGACAAAAAUGACAAUAGACCUGAGUUCCCUCUGAGCACUAUCCGUGUAUCAGUUCCAGAGAACACGCCUGAAGGCGUACUCCAAGCAACAUUACAAGCUCAUGACAAUGAUCUGAAAGAUACUCCUAAUUCCGAGUUCACCAUGUCGGUGGUGAAACAAAACCCUGCCUCACCAAAAUUUACCAUAAGGGACAUGCCUGGGACCACUAGAGUCAAACAGCUCGCCUUCACAGGAUGCUUUGAUUAUGAUAAAGAAAAACAAUAUACAGUGCUAGUUGAUGCGAAGGAUCAUGGCGAACCUACAAUGUCUUCAACUGCAACUGUUAUUCUGGACAUCACUGAUUAUAACACCCAUCCCCCAGAGUUCAGUUCGGCCACGUACAACACUGAAGUGAUGGAAAUGGAAUUAAAAGAGAUUCUAAGAAUCGGCAUCACAGACAAGGACACACCGAACACGCCUGCUUCAAGAGCAGUGUUCUCCAUCCUGAAGGGCAAUGAAGAAUUAAAUUAUAAGAUUGAGACAGACCCCAAAACCAAUGAAGGUGUGCUGACUGUUAUCAAGGGGAAAAAUUUUGAGAAAACUGAGAUCACAGAGCUGGAGAUAGCAGUCGAAAACGAGCAGAAAUUAUUUCAGUGUGUUGAUGGAAAACCCGUAAUAGGUACUAGACCAAAACCAAACACUGCCAAAGUGGCAGUGAAAGUCACUGAUGUGAACGAUCCCCCGGUGUUUAAGAAUCAAGUAGAAAAAGUCUACCGGAAUGAAAACGGACCUAAAGGGGAUGUGUUGUUCGUGCCACAGGUCCAAGAUGAGGACUCGGACAUUAACAAACUCAGGUAUGAGUUAGUAGAAGACCCAGCCAAAUGGGUGAGUUUGGAUCGGAAGACAGGAAAGAUCACAACAGUUGAGACGAUGGACCGGGAGUCUCCAUUUGUCAAAAAUGGCAUCUACACACUCGUGGUGCACUCUAUAGAUGACGGAAAGCCUCCAGCUACAGGUACUUGUACCGUAUUGGUCUACCUAGGUGACUUAAACGAUAAUGCUCCCUAUCUCAUCUCCAAAAAUAUGGUCAUGUGCGGGAACAAAGUCGAUCGUGUGGAUGUGACACCAAGAGACCUUGACAGCCCUCCGUUUGCAAAUCCUUUUAGCUUCUUUCUGGGAGGAGAGGAAAAGCUGAAGAGUCUCUGGAAGCUGGAUCCCACCACAGGAACAAACACCUCUCUGAUAAGUUUGACGAGUCUGCCGUAUGGAAACUACUCCAUUCCUUUGAAGAUACAGGAUCAGCAGGGGCUGCAAUCAGAAGACGUUCUUCAGGUGGUUGUGUGUGAGUGUACGAGAAUCAACACGUGUCGUGGUCGUCUUCCUUUCUCCUCAAGACUGGGUCCAGCAGCCAUCGGUCUCCUGUUUGCUGGACUUCUCCUAAUGGCCUUUCUACUCUUUUGUUUCUACUGUGACUGUAAAAGCAUGAGCUGUCAGCACAUUCCUCUGAACCUGCAGGACGAGGGCAUCCAAACCCUUUCAAAAUACAAUGAGGAGGGAGGACGCUCAAUCUAUAAGCCUGAGUUCCCGAUUACUGAUGGAUACAGGAAGGUUGAAAACGGUAUGCAGGGAAGCUCUGCAGGGUAUGGCGUUCAGUACAACUGGCAGGAAAUAUCCAACAGUGGAGGAGUGAUGAACAUGCCAUAUCACAAGAUGUCAGUGGUUCGAAGGGACAAGGAAAGCUUUAGGGUAAGCUCUUCAAAUAAUUCAUGUAAAUAAAAGAAAGAAGUUGGA